GACUUUAGCGGCAUGCGAUUCAGUCCCAGCGCCGGUGGAUAACAGCACAAUGCAGUGAAUAUGGUGCCACCUGGAAACACGGAGCUUUCCGCACAAUUAACUUUGCAAUUACUUUUGAAACUGCUAAUACGGGGUGAAACCGCAGCGGUGUCGGCUAUUUUAUUGAGGUGACUACAGAGCCAUGAGGUCCUCAUCCUCGCGUUUGUCGAGUUUUUCCUCCAGGGAUUCUCUAUGGAGCCGGAUGCCGGAUCAGAUCUCCGUGUCUGAGUUUCUCUCGGAAACGACGGAGGAUUACAAUUCCCCCACGACAUCGAGCUUCACCACCCGCCUGCAGAGCUGUCGGAACACGGUCAAUGUCCUGGAGGAGGCUUUGGACCAGGACCGAACAGCUUUACAAAAGGUCAAGAAAUCUGUCAAAGCUAUCUACAACUCCGGUCAAGAGCAUGUGCAGAACGAGGAGAAUUAUGGUCAGGCGCUGGACAAGUUUGGCAGCAACUUUAUCAGCCGAGAUAACUCUGAUCUGGGAACAGCCUUCAUCAAGUUUUCAGGCCUCAUCAAAGAACUGGCUGCCCUGCUCAAGAACCUGCUUCAGAGCCUCAGUCACAAUGUCAUCUUCACCCUGGACUCUUUGCUGAAAGGAGAUCUGAAGGGAGUGAAGGGGGAUCUUAAAAAGCCAUUCGACAAGGCCUGGAAAGACUAUGAGACCAAGUUCACAAAAAUCGAGAAGGAGAAGAGGGAACAUGCCAAGCAGCACGGUAUGAUCCGUACGGAGAUCACCGGUGCAGAAAUCGCAGAGGAGAUGGAGAAGGAACGACGAAUCUUUCAGCUACAGAUGUGCGAGUACCUGAUCAAAGUCAAUGAGAUUAAAACCAAGAAGGGAGUGGAUCUUCUCCAGAAUCUCAUCAAGUAUUAUCAUGCACAGUGCAAUUUUUUCCAGGACGGUUUGAAAACGGCUGAUAAGUUGAAGCAGUACAUCGAGAAGUUAGCUGCUGAUCUCUAUAACAUAAAACAGACCCAGGAUGAGGAGAAAAAACAGCUCACUGCUCUCCGAGAUCUCAUCAAGUCAUCUUUACAGCUGGACCAGAAAGAGGAUUCUCAGAGCAAGCAGAGUGGUUACAGUAUGCACCAGCUGCAGGGCAAUAAAGAGUUUGGCAGUGAGAAGAAAGGCUAUCUCUUUAAGAAGAGUGAUGGGAUCCGUAAGGUAUGGCAGAGGAGGAAGUGUUCAGUGAAAAAUGGCAUCCUCACAAUCUCCCAUGCUACAUCCAACAGGCAGCCAGUGAGACUGAAUCUGCUGACCUGCCAGGUUAAACCCAGCGGAGAGGAUAAGAAAUGCUUUGACCUGAUCUCUCAUAAUAGAACUUAUCAUUUCCAGGCAGAGGAUGAACAGGAGUUUGUAAUAUGGAUCUCAGUGCUGACUAACAGUAAAGAAGAGGCUCUGAACAUGGCUUUUCGUGGGGAACAGAGCGCUGGAGACGACAGCCUGGAAGACUUGACCAAAGCCAUCAUUGAAGAUGUAUUACGCAUGCCUGGAAAUGAAGUCUGCUGUGACUGUGGAGCACCAGAGCCUAAAUGGUUAUCCACUAACCUCGGCAUCCUGACCUGCAUCGAGUGUUCAGGGAUCCACAGGGAAAUGGGAGUUCAUAUUUCACGCAUUCAAUCCAUGGAGCUCGAUAAACUCGGGACCUCUGAACUCUUGCUGGCCAAAAAUGUGGGUAACAGUAGUUUUAAUGAAAUAUUGGAAGGUAAUCUGCCGAGUCCAUCACCGAAACCAACACCAUCAAGUGAUAUGACCGAAAGGAAGGAGUACAUAAACGCUAAGUACGUGGAGCACAGAUUUGCCCGGCGGACAGCAACUACAGCCACAGCCAGACAGGGCGAUCUGUACGAGGCCGUGAGGACCCGAGACCUGAUGGCCCUUAUUCAGCUCUAUGCGGAUGGAGUGGAGCUAAUGGACCCAUUUUUAGAGGCAGGACAGGACCCAGGAGAGACCGCUCUGCAUUUUGCCGUGCGGACAGCAGACCAAACCUCACUGCAUCUGGUGGACUUCCUCGUCCAAAACAGUGGAGCUCCAGAUAGACAGACAGAGAGUGGAAAUGCUGCUCUGCAUUACUGCUGCACAUAUGAAAAGCCAGAGUGUCUCAAACUGCUGCUCAGGGGAAAGCCAUCUAUUGAUCUAGUAAAUCAAAAUGGGGAGACAGCUUUGGACAUAGCCAGACGAUUAAAAAAUACACAGUGUGAAGAGCUACUGGUGGAGGCAGCGGCUGGCAGGUUUAAUCCUCACUUGAAUGUGGAGUAUGAGUGGAACCUACGACUGGAGGAAAUCGACGAGAGUGAUGAUGACUUGGAUGACAAGCCCAGUCCGGUGAAGAAGGAGCGAUCUCCCCGACCUCAGAGUUUCUGUCAUUCCUCAAGUGUGUCUCCUCAGGAGAAACUGACGUUGCCAGGGUAUAUAGGACACAGGGACAAACAGAGACUCUCCUACGGAGCGUUUGCCAAUCCCGUCUACAGCACCUCCACCGAAACGCCUGCAUCUCCCGUAUCAGAAGGCCCCACAAUAGCCAGCAAGACGACGGCAAAAGCUCCGCCCACCGGACCGCCAACUUCCCUGCCUCUGGCUUCUCAAUCAAGUGUAGGAGGGAGCUCCACUCUAUCUAAGAAGAGAGCUCCUCCUCCACCUCCUGGACACAAGCGUGCCCUCUCUGACCCCCCCAGCCCCGUGCUGCAUGGCCCCCAAAGCAAAGGAAGUGAGUCCACACCUUCUUCUGCAAACCGGACGUCCCCUGCCAAUAAGUUUGAGGGAAUUCAGCAGCAGCAGAGCACUACUUCUGUGAACACAAAAGCAGCAUUUGGCCCACGAGUUCUUCCCAAACUACCUCAAAAAGUGGCACUACGAAAGAUCGACACAAUCCACCUCCCUUCAGUGGACAAGACCAGUCCAGGACCCGAUGUGCUACCGAAGACCCCGCAGGCCCAGGACGCGCCCCCCAUCAGAGCUUCAGAUUCAAUAACUAGACCCACAGAACCCCCUCCUAAAAUUCCCCAACCUGCAGAGCGCUCGCUGCCACUCGAGGUGCCACAGAAACCGCACGUCUCCGACCUUCCCCCUAAACCGCAGCUGUCGGAUCUUCCCCCGAAACCCCAACUAUCGGAUUUACCACCAAAACCUCAGCUUUCUGACUUACCCCCAAAACCACAGCUUAAGGAUCUUCCCCCUAAGCCGCAGCUCUCAGAUCUUCCAGCCAAGCCUGCGGUGUCUGCUGCGACUGAACCCGCACAGAGGCAACUGACGCAGGAGGAAACGAGUCCCAAGCCCCAGCUGACAGAGGUGCAGUCCUCCAGCCAACAGGAGGAGCUCUCACCGAGACAAGCAAGUGAGGAUACAAACGGCACACCUGCGGGAGCUGUGGAGAUGCCGGUACCUAUGCCACGAAAAAUAAACAUAGUAGGAAAAAACAAAGUCAAGCGUGUGAAAACCAUCUACGACUGUCAAGCAGACAAUGAUGAUGAGUUGACGUUUGUGGAGGGAGAGGUUAUAAUUGUUACAGGAGAAGAGGAUCAGGAGUGGUGGAUCGGGCACAUAGAGGGGCAGCCUGACCGGAAAGGGGUCUUCCCAAUGUCCUUUGUGCACAUUCUGUCAGACUGACAGUAUAUAAGAGGCAAUCGGGAGGCUCUCUAACUAGCACAAGCUCCGCUCUUUCUGUCCUCACACACUGAACUGCGGGCAUUGCCUCUGUACAUAGCUGCUGAAAUCCAAACAGUCUAUAGACAAACAAAACAUGAAGUAUGAAACCCAUGCGCCCUUAAUCCUCAAGGGUGAAAUGUGUAAACUGUGUGUUGUUCAUAAACUGUGUUAUCCUGCCUACCAGUAUUAUCGUAGCCAUGGCAACCCAGCAUGCCAAACUGGGUUUGCAGUAGCUAUACUUGGAAUCUAGCACUUAACAUGUAUGCUGUAACUUUGUGUAUGUGUACACAUAUAGAAUAAUAUGUAUGUCCAUUUUAAGUGUGUCUUCUUUGUACAUACAUAUGCACAGAUGUAAGUGUAUAUUUAUGUACGUAUGUAUAAUGUACAAGUGUGCAAAUGUAUGUUAACCCUGCUUGCUUAUGGAGUGACAUUUUAGUGUACUGUUUAAAAGAAAAUCAUCUCUUGAAUUUUUGGAAGGAGUAAAUGAUAUUAGAAAACAAUCGAGUUCCUUAAAUGCUAUAAUGGUGUUGAAAUUCCCAGCAUAGUGGCAUGCUGAUCAGGGAUCAAACCAAAAUGUAAAGGUUUUCGGCAUACAUCUUCUCAUCUCCUGUACAAUCAAAAUAUGCAUUUGUUAAGUUUGCAUCGCUUUGAAUUAUUGGUGCGACAGGACAAAGCCAGACGUCAUCUUUAUUCUGAAGGCCUCAAUGAGAUAAAGACUUGUUUUAAGAAAGUGCUUCUUGAAAUGUUACCUCUUCAUACCCGUAUUCUCUUAAUAUGCAUCUAAUGUUAUGCAUAUAUGGGAGGACUGAUUGUUCCUCUCCCAUUGUUGGUUAAUGCCAAAAUUGAUGCCUCAGCUCUGGGAAAGUGUCCUUGUCAAUCUUGUUUUAUUAGAUCAUACAGUUUACCCGGUCUCUGGAAGUCAUGCAUAAAUAAGUUUACAUGCUCUGACCUUUCAUUCACACAUGAAUAUGAUCAGUCAAAAGUUGUUGGCUUUGUAUAAAAACUGAUCAAGAACACAAUCUGUUUAAGAUUGGUUAGGAUGAGAUUUUUAGUUUCGCUUACAGUGACUGUGGAAUGUGAUUUCUUGUGGUUUUGUUUUUGGGUUUGAAUUGAACUCCGAGGGAACAUAGCAGUGAGUGACUGACUCUGUACGAUUCAGAAUGAACUAACGCUACUUUCUCUUUACCCUAUCAGGGAGACCAGCAUUCACUUGGUUUUUAACUAUUAUUGUAUUAACAAAAGAUUAUGUAUUAAUGAAUGCCACCUGUACUAUAUUUGAUGAUGAUAGUAUUUGACAUUUAUAGGGCUAAAGUGUUUUAGCAUGGAGAGGGGUGUACCUUUUCCCUUCAAGUUUAUUAUUUCCUUUUGUUUGUUUAGGACAUUUAUGUUAAUUAAUAACAACUUAAGGAUUCAUAACAGGUAUUUAGCACAAGAAACUCAAUAAAGGUGUAGGAGCAGGUGUUUCUGUCCAGAUCAAUCUCCAGUGGGAUUCUGAUUGGGCGAGUAUUGUUACAUAUCAGCUGAUGUUUGGAAACGGCCAACAACACAUAUGAAUAAAUAAACUGGAUUAAGUCCUAAUGUAACUUUUAGGAUGUAUUUUGUCAUUCUUAUUGUUUGUUUUGUCUGUGUUUGCUGCACUGUACGUUCAGUCAGAAAGAAUCCACAAUUGGCUAUCAAGUUUAAGAUCUUUAAAUAAAGACUAUGUUG